GGCGGGUACGCCGGCGGUCGGACCUCCAAUCUCGGUGGCGGCGGCUGCAGGGGGAGCCCGCGCUCCGCCGCCCGCGAGUCGGUCGCGUGGUGAAGAGGAGCGGGGCCGGCGAGAGGGAGAGGCUCAGGGAAGGAGCGGGGAAGCGGACUCGGGGCAGAGGGGAGGCCCCGAGAGGAAGGCUGAGGGAGGAAGAUGCCGAGUACGGACCUUCUGAUGUUGAAGGCUUUUGAGCCCUACUUUGAGAUUUUGGAAGUAUAUUGCACAAAGGCCAAGAAUUAUGUAAAUGGACAUUGCACCAAGUAUGAGCCCUGGCAGCUCAUUGCCUGGAGUGUCCUGUGCACCCUGCUAAUAGUCUGGGCAUAUGAUUUUGUCUUCCAGCCAGAGAGCUUAUGGUCAAGGUUUAAAAAGAGAUGUUUUAAGCUCAUCAGGAAGAUGCCUAUUAUUGGUCGCAAGAUCCAAGAGAAGGUGAACAAGACCAAGGAUGAUAUAAGCAAGAACAUGUCAUUCCUGAAAGUGGACAAAGAGUAUGUGAAAGCUUUGCCCUCUCAAGGCCUGAGCGCGUCAGCAGUUCUGGAGAAGCUCAAGGACUACAGCUCUAUGGACGUCUUCUGGCAGGAGGGGAAAGCCUCUGGAGCAGUGUACAGCGGGGCAGAAGAGCUCACCCAGCUCCUGGUGAAGGCUUACGGAGAUUUUGCAUGGAGUAACCCACUGCAUCCAGACAUCUUCCCGGGACUGCGAAAGAUCGAGGCGGAGAUUGUGAGGAUAGCUUGUUCCCUGUUCAGUGGGGGGCCAGAUUCCUGUGGAUGUGUGACCUCUGGGGGAACAGAAAGCAUACUCAUGGCCUGCAAAGCUUACCGGGACCUGGCCUUUGAGAAUGGGAUCAAAACUCCAGAAAUUGUGGCCCCCCAAAGUGCCCAUGCUGCAUUUGACAAAGCAGCCAAUUAUUUUGGGAUGAAGAUUAUACGGGUUCCACUGAACAAAAUGAUGGAGGUGGAUGUUCGGGCAAUGAGGAGAGCCAUCUCCAGGAACACGGCCAUGCUCGUCUGUUCUACCCCCCAGUUUCCUCAUGGUAUCAUCGAUCCUGUCCCGGAAGUGGCCAAGCUGGCUGUCAAAUACAAAAUACCUCUUCAUGUAGAUGCUUGUCUGGGGGGCUUCCUCAUCGUCUUUAUGGAGAAAGCAGGAUACCCACUGGAGCAACCAUUUGAUUUCCGGGUGAAAGGUGUGACCAGCAUUUCAGCUGAUACCCACAAGUACGGCUACGCCCCCAAAGGCUCCUCCGUGCUGCUCUACAGUGACAAGAAGUACAGGAGCCAUCAGUUCUUCGUGGCGACAGACUGGCAGGGCGGCAUCUACGCCUCCCCGACCAUCGCGGGCUCCCGGCCCGGAGGCAUCAGUGCGGCCUGUUGGGCUGCCCUGAUGCACUUCGGUGAGAGCGGCUAUGUUGAGGCCACCAAACAGAUCAUCAAAACCACUCGCUUCCUCAAGUCAGAACUGGAAAAUAUCAAAGGCAUCUUUGUUUUUGGGAAUCCCCAGUUGUCAGUCAUUGCUCUGGGCUCCCGAGAUUUUGACAUCUACCGACUGUUUAACCUGAUGACUGCUAAGGGCUGGAACCUGAACCAGCUGCAGUUCCCACCCAGUAUCCAUUUCUGCAUCACGCUAGUACACACCCGGAAGCGAGUAGCCAUACAGUUCCUAAAGGACAUCCGGGAGUCUGUCACUCAAAUCAUGAAGAAUCCUAAAGCAAAGACCACAGGAAUGGGUGCGAUCUAUGGCAUGGCCCAGACGACCGUCGACAGGAACCUGGUCGCAGAAUUGUCCUCAGUCUUCUUGGACAGCCUUUUCAGCACUGAUACUGUAACCCAGAGCAGCCAGAUGAAUGGUUCUCCGAAACCCCGCUGAGCCUGGACCCUCUGUGGCCCUGAGGGGCGCCUGGCCUUCAGAGGGUUCUCGGGGCGUGGAACAGGCCACGCACAGUUUCAGCAUCUGGUCUUGCUCCGUGGAGCACGACGAGACAGACCGCGGGACUCCUUGAUCCUCGGGGUUCUUGUUCCUCCUCUUGUCAUCCUCCUGUGGUCUUUAAUGUGGAGACCCUGAAGGAGUCCGUGACCUAAUUAUUUUGCCCUUGUUCUCAAAUGUUACCCUAGGGAUUGUUUUAGCCAUUUUCUUCUCUAACCUUCUAGCUUUCAACUUCAUUUAAUCAUUGUGUGGCAGCUCUGACUGGUCCUGAGUCUUAGGGAGGCUGGGGUGGUUUAUGUGAUAAAGAAGGUUUUUUGCGUUCUCUCCGGUGGACUGGCGAGGCAGAUCGGAAGAUGUUUCCCCGGGUGGGAGUUAGGUACCCUCUAAGCACGAGGCCUUCUCAGCCUCCUCUUUGAGUAGGUGAGUUGUCUCACAGAGUCAUGUAGUUCAGCUCAGUUUCUUUUUCCAGGACACAGACGGACAGGCCGCUGUUCCUCUUUUUCGGGAUUAGAAUGGCUGAGCGUUUCUGCUCAGUCUGUGAAGGCAGGCUUUGGAGUGGCCCUCUGCUGUCCCCGCUUGAUACUUGGUGACCACCGUCCUUGGAGAUUUGUGUUUGAAAUCGUGCUCGCAUUGGUUUGUUGUUGUUCCCCUGGAUUAGGAAGACAACGCGGUUUCUGGAGAGCCUAGGCCUUUCUGGCCCUGGUGCUUCCUGUCUGCGUCGGCAGCGUUGGGAGCACAGCCGAACCCUCUCCUGGGCUGCUGAGGAUCGGAAACCAGAGCCUUUUCUCAAGUUCUCUGAGGGUCACAUUGGAAUAUAUGUCCCUAGAGUUGGUGGUGGUCCUCCCCUCACCCACUGUUGUAAGCCAUCUCGUCUGAGAAUGUUUGCUUGAAGGAACAGCUCAGAGCACCUUCACAAGUUGCCUUGACUUACCCUAGGUGGGUGCAGGGAGCACGUGAGAGAGCCUCCAAGGCAAGGAAACUUCUCCCCAUUCGUGUGUCCCUCCUGCCUCUUUCCGUCUGUUCAGCUCCCACAGGUACUAUGGCAGUUUAGCCUCAGGUACUGGACACUUCUCAGCCCCGGCUAACUUUGGACUAGGAGAGCAUGAUGGUAACGGUCAGCUGGGGCCUGGGGCCUGGGAUUCCUUCCUAAGACUAGUAGCUCAGGGUGGUGCAGGGACAGGACCAAACCCUGCGCCCACUCCCCACCCUCCUCACCCUUGCACAGGGCCCUGAUCUAGGUGGAGCCACUGUCUUCCUCUGAAGAUGACAUACGGUGUGCCUUUUUUCCUCAGCAGAGAGCAGUGGGGGGCUACUCCUGACCCAGGCCCUCGGGGAAAUGGGUCAGUCUUUGAGCUUUUAUUUGGGUGGGGGAGGACUUUAAGGGUAAGUCAGGAGCAAAUAGCCUCUGUUCCAAUCCCCUUCUCAGGGACUCCUGAACCAUUCAGCCUCUUCAGGCUGCUGUCCUCUGGCCUCCCUCACUGGGAACGCCGGCUGGGAGGGCCACGACAACCAGACUGUCCCCCAGGCUCCGUGGCAUGUUUGUCUGAAGUGGCUCCUGGCACUGUACUUCCUCCACAAUAACUGUGACGAGCUGGCCGUGUCAUUGCAGGGCUGGAGUGUGUGUGUUCCUCUUGUGCGUUUGUGUGUGUGUGUGUGUGUGUGUGUGUGUGCGCGCGCGCACGCAUGCAUGUUAGAGGGAGACGCUAAGAUCCUUUGGACGCGGGAGCCGAGUUCCUUCCCGUCGCUGAACUGGAGGCACCUCCCGAGAGAGUUGCUGUGGCCGGAGCUGUGCGCCAGGGCUCCUGGGUCUCCGGCGCGUUCAUGGUGUUGAAGGAAGACCCGGGACCCAGAACCACCCCACCGGCACCACUGUGGUUUGUCAUCUGUGAAAAUGGAGAAGCCUGUGCCCGAUAGAGUGUGCUGUUGCUUCCAGCAUCUGCGGGCCCUUCCUCUGCUGCCCCGGGGGCAGCGGUGUUUUUCAAAGGGACCUCCUGUAGCCACUUUAUAGCACAAGCCUUAGUUUGCCUGACACUUGUGGGCUUUCCAGUCUAUGCAUACCUGCGCGCCUAGGAACACCUAGUCUGGCAGAGGCGGGCAGAAUGUCUUCAGAUGUCAUGUUGCUAGCAGAUGUCACAUUGGCCUCUGCAGAAACUGUAGCAUCUGGUUUCUACACAGAGUAAGCAGCCGCGUGACCCUACUGCCCUGUCACUUUUAAUAUUACCGGUUUUAUACUUGGAAAAUGGUACUUGCCUCUUUUAAAUCUUUUCUGUAUUUAACUUCUUUCUUCCCAGCUCAGUGCUCCCUUCCUAAUUGCAGCAAUAAUAUCUUAAAAAGCAAUUCCGUAAUUAAAUGACCGAAAUCUUAACCGA